UAGUUAUUUUUGGUAAAAAAAAGUUUUGUAUGUUAAUAUGUAAUGUAUGGAUUUUUGUAAUUUUUAAAUGAAUAAAGUAUUCACACAUUUUCUGUUCUAAUAUCAGAGAUGGUGAUAUUGAUAGAUACACGUCCACGAGUACAAGCUCACUAACUUUCAGAUGGGGAAGGGGGUCCUGAGACCAGUGUGUCUUGAAGUAGGACAGUGGUGUGUGGGAUCAAUUUAAAUCCGGCCAGUUCCGUUUCCUGCGUUGGUGGUUUGUAUUUGAGGAGGUUUAUAUAUUUUGGAAAAGGUGAAUAGAAGUGGCCAGUUUAAUCAAACAUGUUAACUUUAGAGGGGAAGGACCUGCCAUCUGAGGGUAGUUUGACCUUCUUCUCCUAAUUUCAAACUUAAACAUUUUUAGGGGGGCUGUUUUGAAGAAGAAACAGUGUGGCCUGGAUUUUCUUAAGAAUCAGUGCUUUCCGAUGAUCUAGUACCUGGCUGGUCAUUUAUAGUCAUGUUUUCUCUUUCUUCCCUAUUUGUCCUUUGAGUAUCCCCCUGCCACGCCACACUGACUUGGGGAAAAUCAGUAAGCUGAGUCUUGUUCACAUGUCUCAGUUUAAUAAAAGUUGAUUUCUUUGCUUACUUCCUACUGGCUUUUAAUUAAUUUUAUUGCUCCAUCUUCUAUAUCCAGAUGGAUCUGAUUGAAUGGAAUGAUCUUUAUUUUCUUGGAGGUGCCCUGUUUCUGGAAGUUGAGCUUUUUAACUGGGCACCACUGGGCCGCUUCCUGCUGGGGGUGGAGGUUACUACUCUGGUCUUUAUGGUGUGUGGACUCGGCCUUGCUGCUCAGGUGGACGUGAAGCUGGUGCCAGAGGCGGGGCGGUGGCUGGGGCCCCGUCCCAUCCCCAUCUGGUGGGACGGGGAUGCUGUUGGGCCUGGGUGCUGGCGGUUCCCACUGUCUCCUGUGCGAUUGCUCUCCGAGACUUGUCUUCAGGGUCUUCUGUCCCUUGUACUCAUCGGGGCCGCUCCUGCGCCUCCGAGGACUGUCUUAGUCCGUGUAUUUGGCAUCUGUAAAGGGAGGUCAGCCUGGCAUGGCCUACUCCCGAGGCCCCUCCACGGUGAGCUAGGCGUGCCCCCGCUUCCACCCAUGACGUCACGGCACCUGGGCCGCGUCUCUUCACACGGCUCGCCUGCAGGGAUCUGACGGCUGGGAAGUAGUUCUGGUAGAGCAGAGUCGGAGGUCACACAGUGGCUGUAGUGUGCGCCUCCCAGGGACAGCCUCCUGCAGACAGGGUCAGUGGGGCGCUUGUUCAAGGGCUGAUGGGAGAAACAGCUCUGUGCAGAGUGUCUGCCCUAAAAGCCCCAUAUGUUGUGACAUCCCUAAUGAGAUGACCCGUGUGAUGUCGUUCGGUGGUGACUGAGAAAAUCCCAGGGUGGGCACACGGGGCUUUGCCUGGUUACGUCUGCUGAAGUUCAGUCGUGUGCUUGAUUACAGUGGCUUUUCUUUUUUUCCUGUUUCAGUGGCCUUGUGGUUUUAUUUUACAGGUGUCCGAAAUAUUUAAAAAUGAGCAAAAUUAAAACUAAAUGUGCAGUUCUGUGUUUUUUUUAUUUCAACGCUUCUUUUUAAUAGAGAAAAAUAACAUAUUUACAUAGUUCUGUGUUUCUGCUGAUGAACAGCUGCUCGUGUCUGUUGCUGACAACCCCUGAGCAGCUUGUAUUUUCACUGUUAAACCUAACAUGUCAUUUGCAUGAAGUUCACAGUUGUAAGCUAAACAGAUUUGUGACUUAAUUGUGGUACAGUCCUUACUGAAAUCAAAACACAGAUGUAGAGAACUCUGCCGCCCUUCCUGCACGCUUUGUCAGCAGAUGUGCGGCCCUUCAUAGUUCUGCCCUGGGGGGUGACUCUCCCUUGGGCUCUCCCACUAGACCCACGGCAUGGACGUGCAUGGUGUGCCAGGCCCCAGGCCGGGCAGCGAGCAAGAUGGUGAGAGUUCCGGCCCAGUGGAGCUCGUCUUCCAGCAGGGGAGACAGAUGCUAAACAAGAUGGGUGUUUAGCCUGGGUCGUAGGUUAGAUAUAAGGGCUUUGUGAUAAAGCAGGAAAGGGCAGCAGGGACGUGGGUGCUGGUGCUGGGUGUGACGGGUGAGGAGUGGCUGGCCGAGGGGCCGGUGGACUUCGGAGGGUGAGGGCUGAGCUGGCGUGUGCCUGCCCAGCUGGGGCGGCCUCCUGAGACGGCGGACUGAGGAGCCACCCAGGGAGCCUGAGGGGCGCGGAGAGAGGCUGGCUGGUGCUGGGCCAGGCACGCACCUUGAAUGAUUGGGGAACCUUCAACGGGCUUUGAGCAGACAGUGAUGCUGAGAUGGGCUUUAACGUGAUCCCGUAGCUUUCAAACAUUGGCAGUAAUUCUGGGGCAAAGGCAGAGCAGGGAGACCCAGGUGGGGGCCCGUGCGUGGGUCCAGAUGUGCAAUGAUAAGGCCAGAGUGAGGACAGUGGGAGAUUCUGCCUAUAGGUCGGAUGAGAGAGGAGAACCAAGGCCCAAAGGUUCUGGCCUGAGCACCUGGGGUGGGAAGUCUGGAGGUGUCGGCUGGUUGUGGAGAGGUACAAGUUCAGUUUGGAUUCCUUCACGUUGAGACUAGACACUCAGGGGAAGUGGCCUGGAGGCCGGUUGUCACGUAGAUCUGGAGUUCCUGGGAGAGGUCGGAGGUGAAGUGGAUCGUGAGCCGUCAGCAGAUAGAUGGUAUUUCAGUGUGGAUGAGAAGAGGUCCAGCGCUGAGCCGCAGGGAGAGGGGUAGUCUGACCCAUGGUCCAGGAGAAGGGGCAUUGCAGGGCAGGGCAUGGCAGGGCGUACCUGCGCGAGUGGUCAUGGCUGUGGACGCUCACACGCUGUAGGCUGGGAGGUGGAUUGAAGUCAGGAUUGAAGAAGGCUCCCUAAUUUUUAUCCAGAUUUGAUGUGCUUGGCCUCAUCCGUGUACUUAUUGCUCUGUUUUAGAAAAACAAAAUCAAUAAUAAUAAGCACAAUAAGUAAUAUGUACUUAUAGGAAGUUCAACAGUCCAGGGGCUUCCCUGGUGGCACAGUGGUUAAGAAUCCACCUGCCAAUGCAGGGGACACGGGUUCAAGCCCUGGUCCGGGAAGAUCCCACGUGCCGCGGGGCAACUAAGCCCAUGCACCACAACUACUGAGCCUGCGCUCUAGAGCCUGUGCGCCCCAACUACUGAAGCCCGUGUGCCUAGAGCCUGUGCUCUGCAACAAGAGAAGCCAUUGCAGUGAGAAGCCCGCGCACCCCAACGAAGAGUAGCCCUGCUCGCCGCAACUAGAGGAAGCCCGCACACAGCAACGAAGACCCAGCGCAGCCAAAGCUCAGCAGUCCAGAAGGAUAAAGGAUGAAGGUGACAGAAACCCCGUGCCUGCUGAGUCUGAUUCCUGCCCAUUGACCGGCCACUCUCCUCUCGUCCUGGAUGAUGUCAGAACAGGACCUGGCGGAUGUGGUGCAGAUCGCCGUGGAGGAGCUGAGUCCCGACCACCCAGUUGUACUGGAGAAUCAUGUAGUGACAGACGAAGAUGAACCAGCUUUGAAACGUCAGCGACUAGAGAUCAAUUGCCAGGAUCCUUCUAUAAAGUCAUUCCUGUAUUCCAUUAACCAGACAAUCUGCUUGCGAUUGGAUAGCAUUGAAGCCAAGCUGCAGGCUCUGGAGGCCACAUGUAAAUCACUGGAAGAGAAACUGGAUCUGGUCACCAACAAGCAGCACAGCCCCAUCCAGGUGCCCAUGGUGGCGGGCUCUCCUCUCGGCGCCACCCAGACCUGCAACAAAGUGCGAUGCGUCGUCCCCCAGACUACAGUAAUUCUCAACAGUGAUCGGCAGAACGCCGUUGUAGCCAAGAUGGAAGACCCCCUGAGCGGCAGGGCACCGGAUCCCCUGGAAAAUAUCAUUAGCAACGCGGUGCCCGGGCGUCGGCAGAACACCAUCGUGGUGAAGGUGCCAGGUCAGGAGGACAGCCACAAUGAGGACGGGGAGAGCGGGUCCGAGGCCAGCGACUCCGUUUCCAACUGUGGACAGUCAGGAAGUCAGAACAUCGGCAACAACGUCACCCUCAUCACCCUGAACUCGGAAGAGGACUACCCCAAUGGCACGUGGCUGGGGGACGAGAACAACCCCGAGAUGCGGGUGCGCUGCGCCAUCAUCCCCUCCGACAUGCUGCACAUCAGCACCAACUGCCGCACGGCCGAGAAGAUGGCGCUCACGCUGCUGGACUACCUCUUCCACCGCGAGGUGCAGGCCGUCUCCAACCUCUCGGGCCAGGGCAAGCACGGCAAGAAGCAGCUCGACCCCCUCACCAUCUACGGCAUCCGCUGUCACCUCUUCUAUAAAUUUGGAAUCACGGAAUCCGACUGGUAUCGAAUCAAACAGAGCAUCGACUCCAAAUGUCGGACGGCCUGGCGGCGAAAACAGCGAGGCCAGAGCCUGGCCGUCAAGAGCUUCUCCAGGAGAACCCCGUCCUCGUCCUCGUACGGCGCCUCAGAGACCAUGAUGAGCACGCCGCCGCCCGCCAGUGAGCUGCAGCAGCCCCCGCCUCAGGCCCUGCACUACGCCCUGGCCAACGCCCAGCAGGUCCAGAUCCACCAGAUCGGGGAGGACGGACAGGUCCAAGUAAUCCCACAGGGCCACCUCCACAUCGCCCAGGUGCCUCAAGGGGAGCAGGUGCAGAUCACGCAGGACAGCGAGGGCAAUCUACAGAUACACCACGUGGGACAAGAUGGGCAGGUGCUGCAGGGGGCCCAGCUGAUAGCCGUGGCUUCUUCGGACCCUGCUGCCACGGGGGUGGACGGCUCGCCGCUCCAGGGCAGCGACAUCCAGGUCCAGUACGUGCAGCUGGCGCCGGUGACCGACCACACCGCUGCAGCCCAGGCGGCCGACGCCCUGCAGCCCACCCUGCAGUCCGAGAUGCAGCUGGAGCAUGGGGCCAUCCAGAUCCAGUGAGGGGACGGCCGCCGACCAGACAGGGCCCGAGCCAGAGCCACCGCUCAGCGCUGGUUCCCGUCACCCGCACCGUUCACAUGCACCCGUCCCUCGGCUUCGCACGGGAGGGGGCCCGCACACGUUCUGCUCAAGUGCAUCCGAGUGCCUCAUCCUCGGGGAGAGUGCCCCGGUAAAUAAAGACGACGGUAGCCCCUGCCGCCCCCGCCUGAAGACCCUGUUUCUUUUGAUCACCCCGCCGUGUCCGGGGAAGGAGCGGGAAGCACAGCGUGGUCGCGUUAAGUACACGUGGGAAAUCAAGAACUACGAUAUUUUUCUCUGUUCAAACAGCUUUUUUAAUUUGCUAUGGUGUUUAUAACAAAAAACAAAAUUGAAAAAAAAGUGGAGUAGCAGAAGCCUUUUGCUGUGUGCUCUGUUCAGUGUAAUGAGAAUAGGUAUUUGCAAAAGAAGACUAACGAUUUUGAUGGAAACGUUGCUUACCUACUUUUCUAGGGGGAUGCUGUCAGCACUGUGAUUGUGCAUUUCUAAUGGAAUAAAAUGUAUUUAUGAC